UUCAUCUAUACUGUGAUAAUACCUAUCUCAAAUAUUUAUAAAUUUAUAAUUUCUGUCAAGGUCUAGGAUAGAGUAAUGGAUCAUGUUCAGUUUUCACACUUUCACAGACUCACAGUACCUACUUGUAAAACAAACAAUUUAAAGCGGACAUAAUUCAAUAUGAAACCAUUAAGAACCACUUUUGAUGAUUGCGCGAUAAAUUCCAAGUAUAAUGAUAUAAUACAUAGUUCUAGAGUAUUGACCAUCCCACUUAUUAGAUGUGAUGAUAAAUUAGUAUUCAAUAGAAUUAUUAAACAGGAAAAUAUUGACUGUCAACUAUUUAAUGGCAUUAUUAAAAAAGAAAUUAUUGAUGAUCAAGAAUUUAAUGAAAUUAUUAAAGAGGAAAUUAUAGAUGAAACAGACGAUCAUAAUGAUAGUCAAUUAUUACAAAAAGGUUCUAGUGUGGUGCCAUUUCCACUUAAUGUGAUAUGUGGUGAUCAAGAAUUUAAUGAAAAAAUUAAACAGGAAAACAUUGAUGAUCAAGAAUUUAGUGAAAUUAUUAAAGAGGAAAUUAUAGAUGAAACAGACUAUCAUAAUGAUAGUCAAUUAUCACAAGGAACUGAAACAGAAAAAGAAAACCCAAUUAAUACCGAAAUAAAAGCUGAAAUAGAUUUUAUUGACAGUUAUGGAUUUGAAGGAACAAUUUUAAACGAAAGCAACUCUUCAGAAAUCAUUAGUUAUAAGAAUUCGAACUUGACAACUAACUACUUAAACAAAAAUCCCUUGGCUGAUAAUUGUGAUAAAAUGUCUACAGCAUCCAAUUUAACUAUUCAUACAAUGACACAUACCGGAAAAAAGUUGUAUAAAUGUGAUUUCUGUGAUACCGGGUUUUCUAAAGCAUCACGUUUAACUGAGCAUACAAGGACACAUACCGGAGAAAAGCCGUAUAAGUGUGAUAUCUGUGAUACAAGGUUUUCUAGAGCAUCACAUUUAUUAAGGCAUACAAGGACACAUCCCGGAGAAAUGCCGUUUAAGUGUGAUGUAUGUGAUACUGGGUUUUACCAAGCCCAUAAUUUAAAAAUUCAUAAAAGGACACACAACGGAGGAAAGCCGUACAAAUGUGAUAUCUGUAAUACAGGGUUUUCUAGAGCAUCACAUUUAACCGUGCAUACUAGGACACAUACCGGAGAAAAGCCGUAUGAAUGUGAUAUCUGUAAUACAGUGUUUUCUCAAGAAAACCAUUUAACAAGACAUACCAAAAUACAUACCGGUGAAAAGCCAUAUAGAUGUACUAUCUGUGAUAAAUGGUUUUCUACAAAAUGGUAUUUAACAACCCAUAUGAGGACACACACCGGCGAACAGCCGUAUAAAUGUGAUAUCUGUGAACAAGCUUUUUCUCAAUUAUCAAAUUUAAUAACCCAUAGAAAGAAAAGACACAUGCCGAAAAAAACCGUAUAAAUGUGUAUUAUCUGUAUUCUGUGAUAUAGCGUUUUCUAAGGCAUCAAAUUAAGAAAAUCAUACGAGGAUACAUACCAAGAAAAGUCUUUAAAAAUUCAACAUAUUCAAGACACAUACAAAUUAUAUUCUAAAAAUACAAAUUAUUUUAUAAUUUAAAUAAUUUAAUAUUUAUUAUUAAUAUAUAACAUUACUACGCUACAAAACCUAAAGUAUAUUCAUAUUUUUAUUGGUUUCCCUCAAUUUAGUCAUAAUAGGCGUAUUAUUUAUUAUCUAUUUAGUUAUCGCCAAUUGGCAAUUCUAAGCUAUACAAAUUGAACAUUUUAUGCAUCUUUAAAUACAAAAUAAUUUGCAAGUUUUUGUGAUUUUGUCAAAAUGUUAUUUUUUAUGCCUAUAAAUAGCACAAAAAAAGUACCUAAUGAAUAUUUAAUAAUACGUUUUCAAAUUGUUAUACAAACCAAGUGAACAAAUUUUUAUUGACUAAGAAAAAUAAAUCUGAAAAUUAAAAUUUCAAAAUCUUUAGAACAUUUUAUUAGUUACAGAAAUUUCAAAUAAAAACAUUAGGUGAUAAUUUCAAAAAUACAAAACCUGUUUUUUUUGUUAAAAUGAAAAUGUUUCCUAUAAUGCGCCCUGUGAAGAAGGGACUAAACGGCGUCAUAUUCAACUUUUUUUUGAAAUAAAAUCAAACCUGCACAUUUGCUUAUGUAUCUUUAAAAAUGUUCAUCUUUUUAAAUUUUAAAGCUAUUUUAGUGUACUAUCAACUAACAUACACAAUCAAACCAGAAAUGUACUGAUUACUUUUAUUAGAUUUAAAAACUAAAAAAAGUUGGCAAUUAUUUUUACAUAAUUUAAUAUAUUACACAGUUACACUAAAUAAUUAUGUUAUUCAUACGUCUGGAAUAGUAAAUUAAUUAUAGAAGAUAUACAAAAUAUACUUUAAGAAAAUAAUUUAAAUUAUGAGGUUGGGCAUGUCCAAGUGUUGUCUUCAUCUGACUGUCCCCCUUACCUAUGAAUUAAGAUUUAUAAAACAAAUUAAUAAAAUUCUUAUAUAAGUGAUUAAAUACUUUCCAACAUGUAACUUAAUGUGCUGUUUAUUAUAAUAUAAACAAUUUAUUUACAUAUUACACAUAAUAAAUUCAUAAUAAAAAUGUUGUCAUCAGCCUGAAACUAUAAUUGACUUUCAGUAAAUUUAAAUUUAUUUAACAAUUGUCAUCACAAAUACCAAAUUCUAAAUUUCACUUAAUUUACUAAUAUUAUUAUUAACUGCAUUUUAAUAGGCAUGUGUCGCUUCAAUUUAUUUUUAAACGUUCUUUAUAUUACUCUAUGGUCUGGCGCAUGUGUUGUAUAGUAAAAAUAAAACUAAAUAAGACAGUAGACAGGGAGGUAAUAAUGGGUAGGUAUGUUAAAUUUGUAGGCUACGAAUCUCAAAAAAGUAGCUUCAAGAAUAGUACUAACCUGUUUUACAAUUUAUAUUGAUUACAUUAUUGUGUAUUACAAUUUGUUUAACCAAUAUUACUCUUGGUCCGUUGGAAAUCUAUGCAGGUGGAUGUUCGGGUCUCUGGCUUUGUCUUCCCUUUUACUUCCACUCACGUGCACAAACUGACAUGAUGUAAUUUAAUAAAAACUAAUAAACAACUCAAUAAAUUCCAGUCAAAAUUAUUUUCAAAUUUACUUGAGAAUCAUACAUUUUGGCAAUAAUUACAAUUUUCAUUGAUAUCCAUAACAUAAUAAAAAAAAAUUAUCAUAUUUUAUCCAUAGAUAUACAGAACUACUAUAUAUAUCUAUGAUUUCAUGUUAUGAUAAGCAUGAUAAGUCAGACGCUAUAUUUGGGCAGCAUCAUGUAGAACUCAUUGGUUGCUGACAGAAUAUAGUACAUGUCUACCUGGACAAAAAACUAAACAAUAAUAAUUUCCCGACAACUAUUUUCAUCGUUUUCAGAUUUUUUAUACAAACACAACAUAUCCCUAACUUUGAGGAUAAGUUCUUGUUUAAUAUAUUAUACAAAACUAUCAAAUAUGUUUUUUUUUUUCAUUCUGCUUUUAAUUUUUGUUGCUACUUAUAUAAAUAGGAACAAAACAUUUGUUAGGCAUAUUUAAGCAAAAUUAAACCAUUUUAAAAGAAUAAUAAAUCGUAAGUACUAAUGAAUAAUAAAUAAGUCAACAGUUUUCAUUGAUAUGUUUAUUUUUUAUUAUUUCACAUUGUUAUAUAAAAUAUAAGUACACAUCAAUAAAUAUAAAUACAAUAAAACCUACAUACACUUAUUUUAACAUUUCAUCCAGAUAAGAUAAUUAGGUAUCUCCUAAUAACAAUGAUCUUUAUUUACAAAAUUUAAACUCCAAUUAGGUAAAUUUUUUUCCUGUUUUAUAAUACAAAAUUUCAUAGCUAUAAUACAUAAUAAUUUACAAUUCAAAUAAAAAAAAAAAAAAAAUACAUGAUAAUAUACAAAAUAAAUACAAAGUAAAACCGGAAUUUUUUCUUUUAUUUCUCUAUUCACAUAUUAGUUAACUCGUGUUACUUUAGUAUUGAUAGUUUAUAAAACCUGAUCUGAAAACUGUGUUAAGGUCUAUAUCUAUUCAUAAUAAAUAUUGACAUAUGUUAUUUUUAUUAACUUUUUAUUUAUUUAAAUACAAAAUUAGU